UUUUAAACAUCUUACCUUACUUACCUCCCUUGGCAAGAUGGCGUCGUGUUUGUCAUUGCGAUAACAAUUUUGAGUCAUCCAGCUGCCGUGCUGUGCCCAAUCAAUAAUCUAUUUAUAUUUACUUCAAGCGUAAUUCACUUUUGGUUCUUUAAAAUGCCAGUUCGAGAUAGACUUUUGGAAUUACAACAAAACCGUGAGCGGCUGCUUGUAAAGGACAACACCCAACCCGGAAAAGAAUCUUCUACGCAAAAAAAAAUGGAUGGUGGAAAAACAAUACAAGCCUUUCUCUCAGAUUCCAGUAAAAUAGAAGCGGAGUUAAAGAAAAUGAAAGAUGAUGUUGCUGACAUUUUAAAACUUCAACAGGACAUGCUUAGUACACCAUUUCCUGAUAAAAAUAAUGUUGUUAAAUAUGAAUCACUUGGUGAACAAAUAAGAGUCGACGCCACAAAAAUCGGAGUUUCUCUAAAACAAAUAGAGAAAGAUUAUAGCAUACAAGAUUUACCUGAAGAGAGUGCAUUUAAGCGGGUGAGAACGCAACAACUUAACACACUCACAGCAGAACUGAACAUAGCAACAAAUGAAUUCUUUAAGAUUCAAGCAGAAUAUAUGGACAAAAUGAAAACUCGUUUACGCAGACAGUUAAGUGCCAGAGGAGAUUCUAUUGAUGAUUCAAAGAUAAGUACACUUCUUGACCAAGACUCAUACAGUGUUUUCACUGAUAAUUAUAUAACAAAUGUGCAUGAUGCUGAGCAAACUCUUCGUGAUCUUGAGGAUAGAAAAAAAGACAUUCUAGCUCUUGAGAAAAGCAUAGCAGAUGUUAAUCUUUUGUUUAAGGAAAUGAAUUUAUUGGUUUCUACUCAAGGUGAGACUUUAACAACAAUAGAAAGUGCCAUUGAGAAUACAGUUGUGCAUGUAGAAGCAGGAAAUGUAGAGCUAAGCAAAGCUAGAGAAUAUCAAUCUAAGGCUCGUCGGAAAAAAAUAUGCAUUAUUGGAAUUAUUGUUGUUAUACUUGUUAUCAUAGCAAUUAUUAUAACUAUAUCUGUAAUAGAGGCUAGAAAAUAAUUUGAUGUACUUAAAAAAACUCAUUUUAAAUAAUGUCAAGAUAUUUGUUGAAAGUUAAUAAUUUUUAAAAUACAUAUAUUUAUUUUCUUAGUCCUUUACUUUUUCAGUGAGGGUCAAUCAUUAAUGUCCACAAAAAAUUAACUUUUUUACCUGUGAAAAGCAAUUGUUCUCUGAAGACUUAGUUACAAUGCAGUAAAUUAUUAAUACUAAAUUAACAAAUUGUAGCCUAUUUUAUUAUUAAUAAAACUGUUUAAACAAAUAAAUUGAAACAUUUUGUGUGCAAGGUCAUUUAAGUUUUGUGAUUUGUACAAUUAAUAAGUGUGUAGCUGUAAAAUGUAAUUAAUGGAUUACUCCUAAGCUUUUUGAAAAUUACUUGCAGAUUAAUUUUUUAUAGGGUUCCACUCCAAUACUUUCAUAGAAAUUUUGAAUUUUGAGAUUAUGUGAUAGUCAUAUUCAUAUUUUGUUUUGUUUUAUUAU